AUGACAGAAGAGGAAACUAGCAAUGAGAAGGAGGAGGAGCAGGACAGUAAUGAAGAGCCAGCUGAGAUGCAGAGGAGUGAGGAGAGCAGUGAGGAGGAGGAGUCUGAGGCUUCAGAUACCCAAAGAGAUGCAGCACAGACAGGAAGGAAGGAAUCAGACAAAGCGCUUUUAGAGGAAGCCAGUUCCAGAAGUGACUUUGAGGUUGAACCAGUCACCUCUAGUGAAGAAGAACAAGAAGAAGAAGGGGAAAACAAGGAGGAUGCUGAAGUAUCUGAUGCAGUCAUCAGUGAUAGCAGUGAAGACAAGGAGAUAACCCAAGAGGACACGUCUUUAGAGCCGACAAUUGAUAAAACCUGCAGACAACGCAGACAGAUUCCACAUCCCUCAAAGCCUGUGCAAGGGGCGAAAUACAAGAUGUUUAAAAAAACAAAGGCAGACAAGCAGGCAGAGAAGGCUGAGAAACAGAGGGCCAAAGCAGAGAGACAGAGGUUAGAAAAGGAAGCCAAACAAAAAGCCAAGGAAGAAAAAAAGAACAAAAAGAAGCCACUGAAAGAAGACAAACCGAGUUCUGCAACAGAGGAGAUUGUACCAUCUAAAUGUAUUUCCCUGAACAAGGUUGAUACAGCAAAAGGCAAGACCCAGUUAUCAAACAAGACAAAGAAUACUGAUGAAAAAAAUAGUCCUGAAGAAGCUGAUAUGGCAGAUUCUGAUGAGGAGGACAAGGAUGAACCAACACUGACUAAAGCAAUUAAAGGCCAAAACCGAAUUAUGCUCCUCAAAGCCAAAGGAAAAGACCUCAAAUCUGUUUUGGAGCCUGAGGAGCUGCAGGACACUGAUGGCAUUGCCAAGGGGCAGCCACAGAACUUGCUAUUGAGGAAGGUCAAGAUGGCAUCUCUCAGACACAAAGAAAAUAAGAUCCUAGCAAAACCGGAUGAGGAAACCUCAGAGGGUGAAGCCCUUGAUGGAGGGUCCAGCAAACCCAAGGAGCGUUUGAUAGCACGAAGAAAAGGUAUGACCACUCUUCGUCGAGUGUCUGGUUGGAUUCAGAAGAAUGUGCCACGGGGGUUAAACUUGAGAAAGAAACUUUCUGCUUGGACUAAAGCUAUUGGGGUCUCCCGCUGGCUCUCCAUUAGAGCAAUAAAACAGAAACAGACUGUAAACAACUGUCCCAGAACAUCUAAGGGAAAUAUCCUCAAACACAGGAUGGCCAUGAGAGUUGCCAGUAAAACUAGCCUAGCCAGUAAGAAAAACAGAAGCUCCUCUAAGGACAAAAUGGAUAAAGAAAAGGCCUGUCUGCAGGAAAAGGCAGGGAAGGAAGAAGAAGAAGUAGUUCCACCCGGGGAGAAAGAGGUAGAGGCCAAAUAUGCUGUGGUACUGCCGAGGAUGAACAAACUGGGCAAGGCAAAGACAGCUGAGGUGUCCCAGGCACUUCCAGGACCUUCUACUCCAUCAAGUACCACUGGAUCACCAGGAGAGCCCUUUACAUCAGAGCCAAAACCUCCAAAACCAGGUGCUAGGCUUGUCCUCCCUGUCAAACCAGAUCUCAGUCUCCUGAAGUCCAUCAAGAAGCCCUUGCCAGGAGGGUUAACAUCAAGUGGAGAUGUGGUAGAAGGGAGCCCUGCGUCUAGUGGUACAUUAGAAGGAACAUCCAUCACUGAAGACAGAGACAGGAGAGUUGCCCUAGAAAAUCAAGAUGGAGUCAGUGUGCUACAGGCUGCAAGAAGGAAACUGGACCCCUCUCAGAUCAAGCUGACCAAGAUCUCCUUGUCAGGAGGAACAACAGGAGGUGGACCAACUCGGGUCAAGGGACCAGACCCAGAGAGAGAGGCUGCACCUGGAAUACCUAGAUCUGUCACACAGCCCUUUCAAAAUGGGGAGGCAAGUGCUGUGACAUCAGGUCUCCAAUCCUUGUAUGAAGAGGAGGCAGACAGGGAGGUCGCCAAUUUGAUGGGUGAAGGGGGUAUAUAUGCAAUAGCCCAACCAGAGGUGCAUUGGGCUGGAAACCCACGGAUGAGUGGGGACCCUCAGUUCAAUUAUUAUUUUAAAUUCAAACAUCUGUCAUUGUUGUAUCUGGUUCAGGACUGGCUGCGUGCUGAGAACUUGUUGCCCCACCAGACAGUGGAGAAACUAACCAAGUGGACAGUCUAUGACAAUGGGGGCCUGGCCCAGACCAUUCCUGCCCACAAUGGCAGGGGCCUCUGGGAAUCAGAGGACCCCACCCAGGAAAUGCUGGAGAGUCGACUAGUCAGUACACAGGUGGUGAUGCCUGGCAGCAAAAGAGUUAUAGAGGUCGAUGAGGUGGAGGACCUGUCCCAGCUGGAAGAGGUGUGUGAGAGCUCUGUGCUUCUGAAUCUGAAGAAGAGGUUCCAGCGUGACUGUAUUUAUACUUACAUUGGAAACAUGAUGCUGUCUAUUAACCCCUUCAAGCCCCUUAACAUCUACACAGAGGAGCUCAGACAGAAAUACCAGGGCAAAGAGCAGCAGAGAAACCCACCCCAUGUGUAUGCCAUAGCUGACGCUGCCUUCAGUCAGUCUCAAGCCUCCACACAGGAGCAGUGUAUCAUCAUCAGUGGACAGAGUGGUUCAGGGAAGACUGAAGCAACCAAGCUGAUAGUCCACUACCUCAGCUCCAUGUAUCAGGGCAGAAAUGACAAUCUGCGACAGCCCAUGGAGGUGUUUCCCAUCCUGGAGAGUUUCGGGAAUGCCAAGACCAUCCUCAACAACAACUCUAGCCGUUUUGGCAAGUACCUCCACAUCCACAUUCUCCAUGGGGUUGUUGUAGGGACCUCGUUGUCCAAAUAUCUCCUUGAGAAGUCCAGGGUUGUCUUUCAGGCCAGGGAGGAGAGGAACUACCAUGUGUUCUAUGAACUACUGGCAGGUAUGAAUGACUGGGACAAACAGGAACUCUACCUGCAAGGAGCCGAGACUUAUUACUACCUAAACCAAGGUGGUUCCUGUGAACUGAAGGGUAAGCAGGACAAGCAGGACUUCCAGCUUUUGGUUCAGUGCUUUGAGACCAUUGGUUUGCGUGCUGAUCAGAUCUCCACCAUCUGGGCCAUCCUCUCUUCUAUCUUGCAGCUCGGCAACAUGUGCUUCAGCUCAUAUGAGAGUGAGUCUUUUGAAGUGGCUCGUAUCUUCAGCGAAGCUGAAGCCCGGAGGGUUGGAUGCUUGUUGCAGAUUUCCUCCGAGGCUCUGCAGACGGUCAUCACUCACAGAGUCACAGAGACAACCUAUGACAGGAUCUACUGCCCUUUGUCUGUGGAAAGUGCCAUAGAAUCCAGAGAUGCCAUCGCCAAAGCCUUGUAUUCAGUGCUGUUUGACUGGCUGCUGGAGCAAAUCAAUGACUGGCUGAGUCCCACAGAGAUGGAUAGUACUGUGGGUAUAGUAGACAUCUAUGGCUUUGAGGAUCUGGGAGUCAACAGUUUUGAGCAGCUGUGUAUCAACUUUGCCAAUGAGCAGCUGCAGCACUUUGUCAACAAGGCAGUGAUCUCCCAGGAGCAGGAGGAGUACAAUGCAGAACAGAUCCAAUGGUAUCCCAUGCAAAUCAAGAACUUCCACUCCUGUCUGGAGCUGAUCUCCUCCAGACCACACGGCAUCCUACGCAUACUAGACGACCAGACCUGCCUGCCCCAGGCCACCGACCAUACCUUCCUCCAGAAGUGCCAUUACCACCAUGCGAACAGCCCCUACUAUGCCAAGCCCAAGAACCCACUGCCAGUCUUCACUGUCUACCACUAUGCCGGAGCUGUCACUUAUCAGGUUCACAAUUUCCUCAAUAAGAAUCACGACCAGUUCAGGACAGAAGUUGUGGAGCUUUUUGCCAGGAGUCGUUUAAAGAUGGUGUCAGAGCUGUUCCAGAAGGUUCAGGAUGGUUACAUUCAGCAGAGAGAGCUGGGCUGGAGAGGGAGGGGCCUCCGGCAGCAACCCUCUACUGCUGCCUCCCACUUCCUUCAGUCCCUGACAGAACUCACCACCCGCCUGGAGAGAUGCAAAACUACUUUUAUUCGUUGUCUGAAGCCAAACUACGUCAAGCUUCCUGGGAUCUUUGACGUAGACUAUGUGUCAGCCCAGCUGAGGCAUGCUGGGAUCCUGGAGACCAUCCACAUCAGGAAAGAGGGUUUCCCAAUACGAAUACAGUACUCCUACUUCAUCGAGAGAUACCGGGUGCUCUUGACCCAGCACUUGAGCGAAGUGUCAGAGAGAGAGCAGACGCUGGCUCUGCUGGACAUGGUUGGUGCAGAGGAGGGACAGUACCAGCUGGGACUAACCAAGGUGUUCCUCAAGGAGCUUCUUUAUCAGCAGCUGGAGGAAAAGUGGACCAGCACCCAGACCUGGGCUGCCAUCACCAUCCAAAGGAACAUCAGAGGCUUCCUGUGCAGGAGGAACUUCAAAUUCUUCAAACAGAAGGCCAUCAUCAUCCAGAGCCACAUCCGAGGACACCAGGCCAGGAAGUACUACAAGCGCCUAAGGCAGUCCUUCUCCCAGUUCUGGGCAGUGAUGAUGAUAACCAGGAACACCAUCAAGAGACGCCACUGGAGGAAGGAUAUUCACGAGAAGAACAAAGUAAAAGCAGUGACAAAGACUAAGUCUCUCUCUCCAGGAAUGGAUGUGGGGAAGUUGGAGAUCCCUGCUGAGCUGUCAGCCCGACUUCGCAGUGCAGCAGGGCGGCAGCAUGCUUCAGGGGUCACAGAAGUCGCCCCUCCACAGGUGAAGGCAGAUCACGAGCUCAGCCUACCUCUGGAUAUAGACAGAUACCCAUUCUCUCGCUAUGCCAAAUCCAUAUUACAGGACACAUGGUGCCAGCCUCAGGAAUACCCUCUCCAGAGACCUCUUACCCCUCUGGAGCCUGAAGAUGCCAGAACUGCCCUGGAGAUUUACAAACUGAUCUUGCGUUUUACAGGUGAAUCACACCUCAGCGGUUGGCAGGAGCAGGUGUUGGGUAACUACAUAGUGGAGAAAGGUCAGAGCAGGCCGGCCUUGAGGGAUGAGAUUCUGGCCCAGUUGGUUUACCAUACAUGGGGCCUGAAGGAGGAGCAGCACAGUCUGAGGGGUUGGCUGCUGUUGGUCUGUUGCCUCAGUGCCUUCACCCCCUCACCAACACUGGACAAACCACUGCUCAAGUACGUGUCUGACCAUGGUCCAGGGGAGUACCGCUCACUGUGCCAACACAAAAUGCUGACCUCUCUGCAGCUCCCAGCUCCCACUGCUCGAAUCUACCCCCCAACCCAGCUGGAGUGGACCACCAACCAGAGGAAGGGCACUAUGCUGCUGGAUGUACACACAUUCAACGAUGAAAAGCUGACAACUGAAGUGGAGUCAUGGACGACUGGAGAGCAGCUUGCCUCGUGGCUUCUUCAUUUCAGAGGUGUAUCGGAGGUGGUGCAGGGCUGGUCGGUGUCUCUUCUGACUGAAGAAGGCUGGUCAGAUCUGGCUGGCUCGGACUUCGUCAUGGAUCUAUUGGCUGGAGCUGAAGCUGAAGCAAUGCCACCACCAGGGACUCCCUCUUCAACACACUCUGACUAUCUAUUCAGCAGCCAGGGAAACAGGAUGCCUGUUACAGAUCUGGAUGACUUCAUCCCACCAGCGCCUCCCAUGCAAGCUCCUGGUCUGCCUCCUUUUGAGGGACGCCCCUGGGGAGGAGAUUACCCACAGGAGGGCCGUGGUCGACAGAUGGACGCCUACGUUGAUGACUUGUUUGUCCCUGUACUGGACCAAGGACCUCCGGACAUGGAAAGAGUAGCCAUGCUAAACCGCAGGAUGAGAGGAGGAGGAGGGAUUGGACCUAUGCAACCUGGCAUGUACGGAACUGGUAUGCCUAUGACAAUGCCAAGCUAUCCUAUGGGAGCAUCAAUGCCCAGCUAUGGUGCAACUCCCAUGAUGCCAACCAUGCCAACAAUGCCAACCAUGCCAACCAUGCCAGCCAUGCCAGCCAUGAUGAUGCCUCAGAUGCCUAUGCCUGCCCCCGCUGCCGCUGACCCCAUGCAGAUGGCAGCAACACAGCAAGCUCUCAUCAACCAGCAGGCCCUUCUCAUGGCUCAGCAGAUGACCAUGCAGGCGAUGAGUCUGUCUCAGCAGCAGACGCAGGAGCAGCAGAAGAAGGAGGAGCAGAGGCGGAAGGAGCAGGAGAGAAAGCAGAAGGAGGAGGAGGAGAGAAAGCAGAAGGAGCAGGAGAGGAAGCAGAAGGAGAAGGAGAGGAAGCAGAAGGAGGAGGAGAGGAAGCAGAAGGAGGAGGAGAGGAAGAAGAAGGAGGAGGAGCGGAAGCGGAGACGUCGGUCCGAGCGACGGUCCAGAGAUCGCUCAAGCUCGCGCUCAUCCUCCCCUUCAUCUCCCUCACCCCCUCGCGCCCCACCCAAAGCACCUGCACCUAAACGCACUUCCACCCACAAGAAGGCUGAACCAGAGCCAGAAAGAGUAGUGCACUUAGCAGAUCCAGAUGACCUGCAGAGUUUCAGAGAUAAGAAGAGAUACUUCCAACAGAUUGGCACUCAGCUAACCAACUCCAGCCCACCCAGACAACAGCAACACUCCCCACCAUUGCGUCGUUCAACUCCCCCACCUACAGCACCUAAGCCUGAAGUGAAGCGCCCCCCAACCCCUCCUGCCAAAGAAGAAGACCCCCCAAAAGCAAAACCUGUCCCAGUCCCCCUCACCAAGCCUCAGCCUCAGCCCAGCUCCAAGAUCCGGGAAAUCAUCAAACAGUACAACAGCAGACCCCAGCCAGAACCCAAACCCUUUGAGCCUGUCAGAUAUCCUGUACGCCACUUUGUAAAGAAGACUGACCCCAAAGAGGAAGCUCUGGCCAAGCUGAAAAACAAAGCACCAGUACCACAACAGAAGAAACAGUGGGUGCCCCCUCCUCCUCCUCCAUCAAUUCCUCCCCCGAAGAGCCCAUCCCCACCGCCCUCUCCUCCCUCCACCAGGGGUCCCCGCGUCAUCUCCAGCAACAUGCAGCAGAAACAACGCUCCCUGGAAGAUCUGUUCAGCUCGCAGCGUUCCAAGCACCUCCCUACUCCCCCUGACUCCCCACCACCACCACCACCCUCUCCACCCCCAGAACCCAUCCUUCAGAACAUCCCUGAGCCACCACCCAUGGCUGCACCGUCUCUUGAUGUGACAAUGGAUGAUGAGGACAUUCGCUCCAAGCUCCACCGUUUCUCUGCUAGUGUUUACUUCUCUUACUCCAACAUGCCAGGAAAAUUGUUCCUGCGAAAAGAGGUAUUUUACCCCAGAGAAAUCUUCAACCGGCCCUACAUCCUCAAUCUGUUAUGUGAACAGAUUAUGAGGGACACCUACUCUGACAGCUGUGUGAGGAUCAGCAGGGAGGAGAAGAGGAAGAUGAAGGACCUGCUGGCAAAUUUCAAUGUGGGAACAACUAUAAGCACCAUCCAGAAUGACAGCAUGAAGAAGAGGAUUGUUAUUGCUGCUCGAGACAACUGGGAAAACUACUUUACCCGCCUGUUCCCUGUGAAGUCGGACAGUGGAGACACUCAGGUCUUGGGUGUGUCUCAUCGUGGCAUUCGUCUUCUGAAGGUGGUCAGUGCAUCAGGCAUCAACCCCAAGCAUCUCCACCUGCUACAGAGCUACAGUUUUGCAGAAUUGCUGUCAGUUGACCUCCAGGGUGCAGACAAAGUGGAGCUGGUGCUGAAGGGUGAGAACUUGGUGCUGCAAUCAUCCAAAGCUCCUCAGAUGGCUGCCAUGAUCCGACUUUUCCUCCGGGAGCUCAUCAGGGACUCAGGCCAUGUGAUUGCCCUAAAGAGCUUUGUGACAGAUGACAAAAGUCUGCUGAGCUUCAACAAGGGUGACAUCAUCAAACUGCAGCCAAUGGAAGGAGUCCAGAGAGGCUGGCUUUUUGGUACCAUAGGAGGACGCUCUGGUCUUUUCCAAGAGGACCUCACCCAGCCAUCUGCAGCACCAGACUACCACUUUCUCCACCUUGCUCGAAGAGAUGAAAAGAGGAAAAGCAUGAGAGUUGCUAAACCUGUCAAUUCACAGAAAGACCCAUCUCCUGAUUCAGAGCGGCCCAGCAGAGAGGCCUCAGUACCAGGAUCUGUACAGAGCUCAGUCCAGGGCUCAGUCCAUGAGUUGGAGAUCCACUCGACCAUGGCUGAUUUUGCCAUGAAGUACUUUAGAGUGGCAGCUACAGGUCUGCCAGCAGGUGGAAGGGAUUUUUCAGAGGCAGUUCAACACACAAAGGUCCCCAUCCAGGAGUCCCUCAUUCUGUACAGUGAUCCUGAAAUCAGUGAUUUAUCUGUCAAGUGCUUCAUGAACCUGAUGCAGUUCAUGGGUGAUACACCAAUGAAGAAGAAUAGCAAUCAGACAGACUGCCUGAGCCACAUCUUACUGUUGGGGAAGGAAAAUGAGCCGCUGAGAGAUGAAAUCUUCUGUCAGAUCAUCAAGCAAACCACGAACAACCCAAACGGAUCCUCAUGUGCACAGGGUUGGGAGCUGCUCAGCCUGGUGACUGGGUUCUUCCCCUGUUCUGGUACACUGCAGCCUUAUGUCAUGUCACACCUACAUGACAUCUCUCAGGACUACGACCAUCCUUACCGAGAGCUGGCGGGCUUGUGUGAGAAUAACCUUCAACGAUCUCUCAAUUUUGGUGGUCUCCGUAACAUCCCCUCACAUGUAGAGAUGGAGUCCAUUUUGGCUGGCAACACUUUUCGGAAUGUCCCUAUCAGUCUUCCAGGAGGAGUGGAAUUGCCCAUCAACGUUCACAUCUUCAGUCUGGCAGCAGAUGUGGUAACAGAGAUCUGUAAUGACAUGGGCAUCUCAGAUGUCACAGAAAUCAAAGAAUUCAUCAUCCUCGCCAACCAAAUUCAAGGCGGAGUGGUGCGGCCCCUCCAUCCUGAGGAGUACCUGUUUGACUUCCUGCGGAACGAUGGCUCCAUCUUCCUGUCCCUGAGAAGAAUGACGUGGAGAAGCCCCCUGUCCUUCAACAGUGACCUUUAUGUGGACUUCCACUACCAGCAGCUCCUGGGUGAAUAUCUGAGUGGGCAGCUGAUGCUUGCUCCUGCUGCAGGUGGUUCCUCCAUCCAGCAGAUAGCAGAGCUGUCAGCACUGCUGCAUCUGGCUCAGGGACUGAAGCACCAGCCCUCGCUGCCUGAGAUAAAGGAGUACCUGCCCUCACAGGAUGGAAUCAGCAGUAAAGUUGAUGAGAUCCACUCUUUCUGUCAGGGCCAGAUAGCUGCCAUGGCGUCCCUUAGCCCUCAAGAUGCCAAAAUGAAAUUUAUUGAGUUUCUUACCACCCUGCCUCUGUUCGGCUCCAAUGCUUUCUUAGCCCAGAAGGUCAGCCAACGUGGCUGUCCCUCUCCAUGCGUAAUCAAUAUCAGCCAGGAGGGGGUGCUGUUCCUUCACCCCAAAACACAGGAGCGAGUGUUUCAGAUUCCUCUGGCGGAUGUGCAGUCCAUGCGCACAAUUCAUCCCAAGAAACAAAACAAAGUCCCAGCUGUGGACAUCAAUUAUGGCAAUUCAGGCCGUCCCAAAAAAAUCACCAUUCAUCUCAAGCAGGCUAAGGAAUUGUGCCACAUCCUGGCUCUGAUAAUGGAAGAGUUUAUUCGACCAGCAGUCAACAGCUCCAUUUCACAUCGCCUGUAGAGACAGACGGGCACACACACAUGUACACACUCACACACACACACACACACACACACACAGAGUGAAUCCCAGAGUUUUUGUUGAUCACUGGCUUCUCUGACAGACUUUUGUAUAAACCAUUUAUGUUAAUUUAUCUUUUUAUCUUAUCUUUUCUUUGUAAGGUUAGUGUGUCAAUGAUGAAAUGAGCUGAAAACAUGAAUAUGCUGAUAUGUUAUCCGAGAACAAGUGAUGAUGACGCAUGUAACACUCUGUUCAUAGCCCAUAAAUGAAUGCAUGAGAGCGGGUCUGAGUAAUUCAUCAGUUACUGUAUGAAUAAAUCAGUUUGUCGAUGCAUUAAAAUUCUAUGACACAAUUGCUGAAAUGUAAAGUUUGUUAAUCAGAGUUGGAAAUUAAUGUUGGAAUGUUGUCAUGUAAGUGAAUAAUUUAUAAGCAUUAAAGAUUUAUGUUG